GCCUCGGUCUCGUCAAGAAUCCUCGACAAGGUUGCAGGGUCGCAUUGACAGGUGCCGACGCGUGUCCUUUGUCCAUAUUCCGUACAAACUUUUGUUUCAACGUCAUUCAGCCCAAGUUGCCAAGAGCUUGGAAUGACUGCUGAACAUGUUCAUCAAUCUUGGCAUAUGUGAAGGAAGCAAUCUGUAGGCUGAUAUGUUAGCCGGACCAAUCACUGGCGAACUUCCACACACUGCCUCCCUCCGAAUCUCUAAUCCGCAACGGCUCGACGGGAUCCCUACAGUCACAUAACUCUCCGUAUCAAAUACCUCACGGUCAAAGACCGCCGAGACGGCUCAGUGACUAACCCCCCGGGGAGCUUGAUGCCGUGUUCUUGCGUUAUAACCCCCGCAAUUCAUUAUGUCCAGCCGUGGGAAGCUGGAAGGGCCUAAUGUUCAUCCCAUUUUUUAACAUCUCUUGUGUGCCAAAAGGGGAAAGAACAGAAACAGCUCCGAUAGGCCAGUAUCUUAUGACCGGUUCGACAAGAUGAAGCACUCACCAAGCUAUAUCAUCCCUACUGAGCUGCCUUCCGUACAUCGCCAGGCUUCAGACUUGGUCGUCCCAUCCCACUAAAUAGGUUUUUACUCCGAUCCAAUACCUCGUCCAUCAUGUGGCUUCCACUCAUCCUCCUCACUGCCACGGCGGCCCCCAUCCUCGCCAACCCCCUAAGCUCUCCACUCAACAAGCGUGCCGCCAUCGACGACUGCCUCAAAUCUGCCGGCGUUCCAGCCGAUGCUCAAGGCUCCUCCGAGUGGCGUACCGACGUCAACCCUUUCAACCAGCGCCUGCCCUACACGCCAGUAGCCAUCGCGGUCCCUACCACCAUUGAACACAUCCAAGGUGCCGUCUCCUGUGCCACCAAGCUGGGAAUUAAAGUUACCCCCAAGUCAGGAGGGCACAGUUAUGCUUCGUUUGGUCUGGGCGGAGAGAACGGGCAUCUGGUCGUGGAGUUGGAUCGCAUGUCGAAGGUGACGCUGGAUAAGACGACGAAUAUCGCAGAUGUUCAAUCGGGAGCGAGACUGGGGCAUGUGGCGACGGAGCUGUAUAAACAGGGCAAAAGAGCUUUCUCGCAUGGGACUUGUCCUGGAGUCGGGGUAGGAGGCCACUCCCUCCACGGCGGCUUUGGCUUUUCCUCGCACACCUACGGUCUUGCAGUAGACUGGAUUGCCGCCGCCACAGUCGUCCUUGCCAACAGCACUGUAGUGACCGCAUCGCCAACCGAGAACCCGGACCUCUUCUGGGCUUUGCGUGGCGCUGGGUCCAACUUUGGCAUUGUGGCUUCCUUCAAGUUCAACACCUUCGCUGCGCCCUCGCAAGUAACGGCUUUCCAGAUUAACUUGCCCUGGAACUCAGCGUCGUCGAUUGCAUCCGGCUGGGAAAAACUCCAGGACUGGUUGGCGGCUGGCAAUAUGCCGAAGGAGAUGAACAUGAGGGUCUUCGGCUCGCCGAGUCAGACGCAACUGCAGGGCUUGUAUCACGGGAGUAGCUCGGCGCUGCGGACGGCUGUGCAGCCCCUGUUGAGCACUCUAGGAGCGAGCUUGAGCAAUGCGCAGCAGUACGACUGGAUGGGAGCGUUUACUUAUUAUACCUAUGGCGGCACGGUGGACGUUACGCAUCCUUACAACACCGUCGAAACCUUCUACUCCAAAUCCCUCGUUACCACCGCCCUCCCUUCCGCGGCUCUGAACUCCGUCGCCAACUACUGGAUCAACACCGCCAAGCGCGUCUCGCGCGACUGGUUCAUCAUCAUCGACAUGCACGGCGGUCCCAAGUCCGCCAUCACCUCCUCCACCACCAAUUCCGCCAACUACACGAGCUCUUACGCCUAUCGCGCCCCGGAAUACCUCUUCCUUUAUGAGCUCUAUGAUCGUGUGAUGUUUGGAAGCUAUCCGAGCAACGGUUUCAGCUUCCUCGAUGGUUGGGUGAAGAGCUUCACGGAUAACAUGAAACAGGAGCAGUGGGGAAUGUACAUUAACUACGCAGAUCCCACGAUGAAGAGGGCCGAGGCUGUGGGGAACUAUUACCGUAGUAGCCUUAGCAGGCUGCAGAAGGUGAAGGCGCAGUACGAUCCGAACGAGGUUUUCUACUACCCGCAAAGUGUUGAGCCGGCCAAGUAGGCUGGGGCGGGAAUGUGGAAGGGGAAUGCAUGAGAGCGAGAGUGAAUGGAGCGUUGGCCCUUUGUUGAGACGUCGAGCUUGUGGGUGUCUACAAGGUAGUAAGCAAGUGCAGCGUCAAAGAAAGAUUCUUUACAACUACGGUACCUG